GGCGAUUCGAGGAGGUCACCUCCUUUUUUGAGUAUGUGCAACCAAUGAUGGACUUCAUGGUCUCCCUGCCUAAUGGGGAGAAUGUGGUCCUAGUUGGUCACAGUUAUGGCGGCUUUUCCAUUUCUCUAGCCAUGGAGUGCUUCCUGGAGAAAAUCUCCGUUGCAGUUUACCUCACUGCCUUCAUGCCCAAUUGCAGUGCUCCACCAGCUACCCUUUUACAACAAUCUCUCAGCGCGAUCUCGUCUUUCUUGGAUUCCGAAAUUGUAUAUGAUUCGAGUAAUCUGCCUGUUUCCCUACUCUUUGGUCCAAAAUUUCUUGUAGCUAAUGUUUACAAUGACUCCCCAAGAAAGGACCAGGAAUUAGCUAAAACUUUGGUGAGGCGAGCUGGGAUUUACUUGAAUGACUUGAGCAAGCCUCUGCUGACAAAGAAUAAAUACGGGUCGGUCACUCGGGUUUUUAUAAUAAGUGGAGAUGAUCUAACUCUUACAGUGGAUUUCCAGAAAUAUAUGAUUGAGAAUAGCCCUCCCAAAGAAGUGAAGUUCAUAGCUGGAUCUGAUCAUAUGGUCAUGACUUCGAAACCCAUACAGCUUUACCUCACUUUGCAGCAGAUUGCUUAUAAAUAUGGCUGAAUGGGUUGUGCAUCAUUAAGUCGCAUGCACAGAUAGCCUAAAUAAAAGGUCAUGCAAGAAAGUUAUGAAAUAAGUCGAAAAGGUCAGAAUGAGUAGUUCUCUCUUCCAUCAUGUAUUCUCUUUGAUUUUCACGAAAUAAAUGAUAUUUA